UAUGGCAAACUGUGAGCUUGGAGACGUGCGCUGUUUCCCCCGUCUACCCAGUGUCUGGGUCGAUUCGAGUCUUAAGCAAAGUCGUCUUUUACUUUAUAUCUCAUUUUUAAGGCUAAGUACUGUGAAGGGGUCGAAACAGUAGCGUAUUGGCUAUUUAUCAUCGUUUUUCGCUCUGAUAGUUCAACGAAGAUUAAAAUGGUCAUCAAGGUCUACGUUGCCUCCUCAACCGGAUCUGUAGUGGUGAAGAAGCACCAGCAGGACGUGGUCAGUUUCCUGGAAGCAAAUCGCCUGAGUUUCCAGGAAGUAGACAUCACCAUGGGGGAGGAGGAGAGGCUGUGGAUGUGCCGCCACAUCCCCCAGGACAAGCACCCAGAGGUGGGCAAGCCGCUGACGCCGCAGAUCUUCAAUGGAGAUCGCUACUGUGGGGACUAUGAAGACUUCUUCCAGUCCAAGGAGAGCAACAGCGUAUUUGCCUUCCUGGGUUGCUCUAGUUCCCAAGCCUUAGAGAAAGAUUCAGAGUCCUAGAGUGCGCUCCCACGACAGCAGCAGUGCGUGCCUCUCUGCUGUCGGUGAAGAAGAGGAGGUAGCCGAGGGUUUGCCACCGCUCCCUGUCCCACAUCACUUCCUCCUCCCAGAUCAACUCUACUGCGAGGGCCAAUCGCUUUGUGAGAACAUCGGCUGUUGGCCAAGUGAUACACACACACAUUUGCCCGGACAGACAGCCCCCCCCCUUGCCCUACUAGAAGUUUGUUUGUGGGUGCUCAGAAACCCUUCCAGGAACCGCUGUCCCACCACUGCAAGGAGGAACUAUUGUACAUGUGGACAACCGUUUUGCACUCACGUUUUGUUGUUUUGCUUAACAACACCAACCGGCAUGCAACAUUGGUGUGUAAGAUAGAAUAUCGUUAUAAAGCUAUUUGCUAAGCUUAAUGUUGUGCAAUGGCCUUGAGACCAAGGGCAUGAUUGCUUUCUGUGUUGGUCGUGCGUGUGUGUUUCUGUGUGCAUGUGGACAGUGAGUAAGUCCUUCGAAAAAGCUCUGUGUUGUUGUCAACCUUCAAGAUGUGGUUCAUGAGGUUACGACGUUGUGUGCGUAGCAUCAGCAGAGGAGAUGACUGUCGAUGCAAUUAAAAAAUCACAGCUUAUUAUUUUCACCAAAGUUGGCGGGAACAGUGCUAUACACUUGUCAGUCAAAACGAUUUUAAUUCAUUAAUA